AUGACGGCAAAAUUGGAAAAAAGACCCAUGUUGGGCCAAAGACAUUUGCAGAUGUUUUUACUGUUUUUGGCCAUAACGGUAAACUAUAAUGGUAAACUGAAUGCUGGAGUAGCGGUGGUUGCCAUGACUAAUGCCGAAUCCACAAAUCCCAACUUUACGGAAUACAAUUGGACCGAAAUGCAAAAAUCGUACAUACUUUCCAGUUUCUUUUGGGGUUAUGUUGUUACACAAUUUCCUGGUGGUUAUUUUUGCCGCCGUUUUGGUGCUAAAAUGAUAAUGUUUAUUUCAACAUUUGGAUCAUCGGUGCUAGCAUUACUUAUACCUUUUACCGUUGGCUGGGGUGGUUGGCAGGUUUAUUGUGGCAUACGUGUUGGGCAGGGUCUAUUUCAGGGUUUACUCUUACCCUGUCUUCAUGCCUAUUUAGCGGUAUGGUGUCCGGUUAAUGAACGUAAUCGUUUGGGUGCUUUAGCCAAUACCGGCAUUGAGUGUGGUACUGUAUUGGCCAUGUUUUUAAGUGGUAUUAUAGCUGCUUCUGCUUUGGGUUGGCCCGGUAUUUCUUAUAUAUCAUUUGCUUUGGGUUUUGUUUGGUGUAUAUUGUGGCUGAUUUUUGCUGCCAAUAGUCCUAACGAAUCUAGAUUUAUAUCUGAAGUGGAAAGAAAUUAUAUAGAAGAUACUAAAAAAGCUUUAAAAGGACAUGAUGUUAGUUUAGCACCUAAAUCCAUACCCGUACCUUGGCGUGCUAUACUAACAUCAAUACCAUUUUGGGCUUUACUAGCUGUUAGAUCGGGACAAUCGUGGGGUUUCUUUACUCUACAAGCUCAAAUUCCCUCCUAUAUGAAUGGCGUUCUAGGCAUGGAUAUGAAAAAUAAUGCUUUAUUUUCAGCUUUACCCUAUUUUGCCAUGUGGUGCAUGUCCUAUAUCUAUUUAAUAUUAUCGGAUAUUUUCCUACAAAACAAUAUAAUGUCACUUAAUACUUUGAGAAAAACUUACAGUUCUUUGGCCAUGUUUGUACCAGCUAUUGGACUUAUACUUUUGGGUUUCAUCGAAGAAGAUCAAAAAACUUGGGCCAUUGUUCUAAUGACCACAAGUGUGGCCGUUAAUUCUGGCAGCACUAUUGGUAGUAUUCUUAAUACUAUAGAUUUAUCACCAAAUCAUGCGGGUAUUUUAAUGGGUAUUUCUAAUACCGUAGCAAAUGUUAUACCCAUAAUCACGCCCCUAGUAGUUGGUCUCAUAGUGCAAGAUGAGACUGAUCGUGCAGAAUGGCAAAUUGUGUUUAUCAUAUCAGCUAUUGCUUUUGGUCUGGGUAAUCUUGUUUAUGUGAUAUUUGGUUCCACUGACCUACAACCUUGGGAUGAUGAGAAUUUCCUGUUAUCGAAGGAGUUUCACAAUGAAGAUAAUAGAAAGAAGUCGUCGGCGGUAGAUUGUAAGAAAUAGUUUCUUAGUAAUAUAUGGUUCUAAUAACCUGCAUCCUUGGGAUGAUGAGAAUUUCCUCUUUUCAAAAGAGGUUCACAAUGAAGAUUGUAGAAAGAUAUCUUCAGUAGAUUGUAGGAUAUAAUUUAAGUUGUUAUUUUAAUCUUUUUUCAUUUUUAGUUAUUUAAGUUUAAUUUCGACAUGUGAUAUAAAAAAAAAUAGACUGAAAAGCUAUUUAUAUAAAUUAAUAAAAUCGUAUAACUAAUUAGAAAUAUUAAACUCUAAUUAUGGUUAAGA